AGCGGAAGGAAAGGGGCGAAGGCGCCUGCCUUAUUGUCUAGCACAUGGGAUCUACUGGCCGACAAUGCUCUAACCCAAAAUGCUCCCGCCGUGAGGCUGUAGAGGAGGCGGCACUGGCUUGCCGCUGUGGUGAUAGCUUCUGUACCGAAGCGUGCUGGAUUCAGGGCUGGCAUGCUGGCCAUCAGAGCCGCUGUCCUUGCGCUGCAGAGAUAAUCUCGGAAGCUGCGGAGCACCGGUCUCAGCGCCGAGGCGCGGCACUUCUGGCUAGUCUGGCCCUGACGCGAUGGAAUGAGAAGCACGCUGAAGCUAAGGCACCACGACUGCAUCGAAAUGAAAGCAGCCGAUCUCGCUUUGCAAGAAGUCAGAGCAGCAAAGCUUCUUCAUGGGUUUCACUUGCUGAAGCAGAAGCAGACUCCCUGCCAGAUCCGGAAAAGGGUGAGUGUCCAUGGGGAUGCAGUGCUGAUGACUUCGAAAGAUUAGCAGAGUUGGGUGCUGGCUCCUGUGGAACAGUCACGAAGGUGUCCCACAAAUUCACUGGUGAGGUCUUUGCGCUGAAGACCAUCCAGCGUCAGCUCGUGCAGGACAACAAGCUGCAGGAAUAUGUGGCAAGGGAGGUGGCAACGCAGCAGAAGCUGAAGCACCCCAACAUUGUGAGGCUUUGUGAGUACUUCGAGGACUCAGAUCAAAUUUACCUUCUUCUGGAAUUUGCUCCAGAAGGUUCUCUCUUCUCCAAGAUUCGUGCACAGAACUGCAUUGCCCAUGCCGAGGCAGCCUCUAUCUUUGUGGAUGUCACCAGCGCUUUGAUUCACCUGCACAGGCAUGGGAUUGCACACCGAGAUCUGAAGCCAGAAAAUGUGCUGCUUUUUCCCGACCGUGCAAAGCUUGCGGACUUUGGAUGGUGUGCAGAGCUGACUCGUGACGGCCGCAAAACGUUUUGUGGCACCAUGGACUACCUUUCCCCGGAAAUGGUCUCCCGCCAGCCGCAUGACCAUCGAGUGGACAUUUGGGCACUUGGCGUCCUGCUGUAUGAGAUGCUGGUCGGACAACCACCCUUCCAGGGAAGGAACAAUGCUCACGCUUUGCAGAGAAUCUUGUCUGUGGACCUUGUCAUGCCAACCGCUCUCCCAGAAGGAGCUGCAGCCCUCAUCCAGGCUCUAAUGCAGGCGACUCCGGAAGAUCGCCCAAGCUUGGAGGCAGCGCUCCGCUGGCCUUGGCUCCAGGACACGACCUCGGAUGACGAGAUGGCAAUCCCAGUGGAAGCUGCAGAGUGCAGUGAGGAGACCUUCCCUGUGCAGGUACCGGCCAUGCACCUUCAGCCGAAAUGCGUCUCUCAACGCUGCGCCUACAGUCGCACGCGCUGCCAGACUUCUGAAGCGUCAGGCCAGCGUGCUUCAUCGCUCACACGGUCUUGUCCUGCACAAGUUACACCUGCACAGACCUUGCAGGCCAAUGCCAAGCGAAAGAGCUCGAAGCAAAAUUCAAGCGCCUUUGGCGGUGCGCUGAGGCCAUACCAUGCCGACUGGGUCCUACCAGCACAUGAGGAAAAAAACGCUUCGCAAAAGCAAGAAGGUGCCUUCUUGCUGUCCAGCUGCUUGAAGCCAGCUUCAGGGCUGCAGCUACGGUGUGACGAGGAUCCGCCUGCAACUGGCAAUGCCGUUGCCUGGGUGGACACGGAGCUGUACUCCUCAAUUCGGUCCUGGGUUCGACAAGAGCAAGAGCAAGCCAUUGGCAAGGAGUCGGAUGCGGGGUCAAGAGCCCAGGCUUGGGGACAGGCUCGCACUAGGCCGCAGAAUUCUUCUGUGGAUAUGUCUCAGCCAUUCUCUCAGCGCCUUUCCGGAUCCUCAAUGUCAAGCGCUUGGGAUUGCGGAGACGCAGAUGCGUCGACCGACGUCGAGGGCGAUUGGCGGUCUUUGCCACCAUCAGGAUCAAUUCACGCUGCAGGCUGCGCUGCGGCGUCUGCUACAAAGGCAAAGGCAUUUGCGCCGGGACCUGCCGGAUGACGUGAGAAUCAUCACGCAUUCCCUUGAGCCAGCAUUGCCCAACUUGAGCUCUCCUCAAGUGAUCGGCAAGAGUGAAAGGGACGUUCAUUUGUGCCAAGAGAUGCACAACAGCUAUGCGCGUGGGGAGAGACCUACCUGCAUAGGAGCCCUUGCCAUCAUGCCAUGGACUCUGACCAGGCAGAGGUGACAACCAUCUCUGCCACAGGGGAUCGCUAGCUUUUUUUUCGUCUUUUU